AUGAGUGCUUCGAUAGGACCCAGAGACCUGGCAGAGAUUCAUGACACUCCUGCGUAUGACUACGGACAGGAUGUGGAGAAGAAGCAUCUGGAUGAUACAUCCCCUGAAGAGGAAGAUCCAUUUGGAAAUGAAGAGUUCGCAGAGGUGAAAUACCGGACGAUGGGUUGGUGGAAAACAGGGAUACUCAUGGUCGCAGAGAAUGUUUCUAUUGGAAUUUUAUCCCUUCCAUCCGCCUUUGCAACGCUGGGAUUUGUCCCGGCUCUGAUCAUACUAAUUGGAAUAUCUGCUAUAUCAUGGUACACGGCCUACAUUCUUUGUCAGUUCAAGUUACGAUACCCCCAGGUCCAUAGCAUGGGAGAUGCGGGUGAAAUCAUAAUGGGGCGAUUCGGACGUGAACUGCUUGGUAUCGGCCAGCUACUAUUCCUUAUAUUCGUUAUGGCCAGUCACGUCUUGACCUUCACGGUUCUCAUGAAUACGAUUACCGAGCAUGGUACCUGCACAAUCGUGUUUGGUGUCAUUGCACUGGUUGUCAGUUGCGUUGGUGCCUUACCACGUACCAUGGACAAAGUAUAUUGGAUGUCGAUUGCAUCAUUUCUCAGCAUUGUAGCGGCAACUAUGGCCACUAUGAUAGCGGUCGGCGUAGAGUACAAAGGCCACAUCCCUCUUGCUGCGACUACCCAUCUCAGCUUCAACGAAGAAUUUCUGGCAGUCAGCAAUUUGUUCUUUGCUUAUGUCGGCCAUGCGUCGUUCUUCGGAUUCAUCUCAGAGAUGGACAAACCUCGAGAGUUCACCAAGUCCAUAUCGGUACUCCAAGUCAUUGAUACCUCGCUAUACAUAGCUAGCGCAGUGGUUAUAUACCGCUACGUUGGUGUGGAUGUUCAAUCUCCUGCAUUAGGCUCUGCGGGGCCCCUAGGAAAGAAAAUCGCCUACGGACUGGCUAUUCCGACUGUCCUCAUUGCUGGAAUUGUCAAUGGCCAUGUAGCCAGCAAAUACGUGUACGUGCGUGUUUUCCGCGGCACAAACCACAUGCAUGAACGGACAUUGCUCUCCAUCGGUUCAUGGGUCGCUAUUGGAUUGAUCUCCUGGGUAGUUGCCUGGGUCAUCGCAGAGUCAAUCCCAGUCUUCAACAACCUUUUGAGUCUAAUUACUGCGCUUUUUGGCUGUUGGUUCGCUUAUGGAUUCCCUGCUAUCUUCUGGUUCACCCUGAACAAGGGCCAGUGGUUCGCAUCAACUAAGAAAAUAUUUCUUACCGUGUCUAACACGUUCAUUCUGGCCAUGGCAAUCACGCUUUGCGGUCUCGGAUUAUACGUUUCGGGAGAUGCGAUCAGCAAGGACAGUGGCAGUGGUGUCUGGACGUGUGCUAACAAUGCUGUUUGA